GUUAAAAGCGAGCUCGUAAACGCUACAGGUCAGAGCCUGCAGCAUCCGACUGAAAAUGAACUGCCACGUCUCUGUCGCCCUUGCCAUCGUGCUGCUGUGCGCCGCAGGAGCGUCUGAAGCUCAAGAAAAUCUAUGCAGAUUACCCAGUGAUUCAGGAAGUUGUUUUGCUUACAUUCCUUCCUAUUUCUUUAACUCAGCAACGGGAAGUUGUGAGAAGUACAUUUAUGGAGGGUGCGAAGGAAACGCUAAGAGAUUUUCAACUGUAUCUGAUUGUGAAAAUCGUUGUCUUCCCUCCUGAAGAUACUAUCUGAAUAAUUCAUAUUACUCAGUUGACAUCUUGUCAUAUACUUAAUCUUUAUGUAAUCUAGUUUUUAAUAAACAAUUAUCAAGA